CGCCGGAGUUGAGGGAGGAUGUUGGGAGUGGGAGUCCUCUGGAAGGGUAGCUAGUGCUGGUGGUCCUGGUCGGCUGUUGACACUGGCAAUUUCAUUUCGAGCUUCUCGCCCUUUCUUUUUUCUUUGUGGAUUUAUUUUUACUCGAUUGUGGCUUCUCUCUUCGUUCGAAAGCCCAACAUCGCGCACAAUCUCCGCCUUUGGAGGAAGAAGUAACGGACGCCGCUGCAGAACAUUGAUGACUGGAAGCAUCCGUCUGGAUCUCGGCUGCUACUUCUCAAUAUUUAUUAUUAUUAUUUUUUGUUCCCACAACGCCCUCCUCUUUUCCUCGGCUAUCUCCUCACAUCUACCAGACUUAUUUGGACGUAGAAUAAUGUCGAUAUUGUUUUAUUAAACUUGGUUCCAAGUUGCUAUGGGCUAACCAAGCUAGCAUCUUCGAAUCCCAAGCAACAAGAGGACUCUUUAUUGGCAUCCUCUGUGCUUUUAACCCGGCGGUGUGUGAGUCCACGCUCCUCCAUGCCUCCGUUGGCAUCCGAUGGAAGAUAAACUAUCGACCGGCUCCGCCAUGGUUUCAAGACUGCCCAAGUUUGGUGGGCGCUCGACAAGUGGCGGCGCUGGCUCCUUGACCAACGGUUCGUCCUCGCAGGAUGCCAAGACGGCUCCUGCUGGCGCAUGCCCGAACGGUGCCAUUCGAACUUCUCCCUUUUCCUUGAAAUGGAGGAGAGAUGAAGGGACAGCCCCCUCCAGCCUGAGCACCCUGAGCAGCCCUGGGGACGGGGGCAAAGAGAAGACAAGACAACUUCCCCCAUUGGCAAAGGAAGGAAAGAGCGCCUCCCCGGGAACGCCGAUAAUGCGCAGGUCAGGUCCAUUGGUGGUGGCGGCGGCCUCGAGCCCCAAAGCCGCCCCGAAGCAACCCCUCAAAGUAGCUCCCAAAGACGGCAUCAAGUUGGGCCAAAGCUCUCUCAACGGCGCACCGAAAGCAGACCACAGCGACGCCGAGUCCCGCCUCGCGCGGCCCAAGUUAUCCUCGGGCUCGCCGAGAAGCGGCUCCCAAGACCGCCUUUCGCAGUCCAGCGAAAGCCUGAAGACCCUGGAACUGGACAAGAUGGUGCGCUCAAACAGUUUCACGCACUUCAAGCAGAUUCCGUCUCCCAACAGCCAGCCCAUGAUCCGCUCCUUCUCCUUCAACCGGGCCGUGGAACUGGCCAAACCUCUGGCCAACACUCAGCUUCGACCGCCUCGGAGUAGUUUCCUCAAACCCCCUCAACUUAGCAACGGACGCUUACGUUUAGGACUCGGCGCUCUGCGUGUUGGCCAAGGGGGGUCCGGAUCUUCCGGCGGUGGCACCGGAGGCGUUCAGUACAGCCGAACAACUGCGGCUGCUUCCUCGCUACCGACGCAGGCCGCGGCUGCCUCCUCGCUGCCUGCGCCGGCAGCGCCCUCCACUCCCAGAGCUCUGAAAAAGCCGCUGCUCUCCACUUGCGGUUUGAACAAGUUACUGGGGAAUAGUCGUGCGUCUUUGGGCUUCAAGCAGGCGAAACCCGCACAGGCCAAGCAGCAAAAGACCAUCCUUCCAGCUUGGGUUAAAGGAGGCGUCAAACCUUCAUCCAUCCCUCCGUGUGGUGAUGCCGAACCCGGUGGAAAGGAUGAAGAAGCGGACGGUCGCAAUGGCGCUGAUCGACGGAUCACGGAUGGAGGAGAAAAAGACAAAAGCGGUGUGCUGGGGCCGAGCUCAGAUCAGGCGGUCGCCGAUGGUCAGGAAGACAUGUCCUUGUCUUCCGCUUCAUCCUUCGAUCAAGGAAACACCAGUGAAGACUUUUUAGAUGACUUGGACAGUGUCGGGGAUGUUUUCAGUGACGGGGACCCUCACGACAGCAAGAAGAUAAAUAGCGUUCUCAACGAGACCAAUGACUGGGAGCCGUCAGGCCAUGAUGAAGAAAGCCCUAUGCAGGACUCCCAGGGAGCACUUGUGAAGUCGCCGGAGACAGGCGAUGUCUGCCUGGCUUCAUCUUUGGAGCUGUCACCCUCCAACAGCUCCGGGGGAACCUACAUGUGGGACGAAGAAGGUCUCGAACCACUUUCAGGGCCUGGCACGUAUCUGUGCGAUCCGUACGACGACUCCGAGCUCAACAGCAUGGAUAUCCUGAACGAUCUGCACAGCCCAGGCGUGGAAGAGGUGGAUGACGAUGACCUCAUGCUGGAUGUGGAUCUCCCAGAGGAUGGUUUGCAUGACUUUGACAGGAUGUCCAACGGUGUAAGCGGGCCCCGUCGACAGGGACAGCGCCGCCGGCACCACCGCUGGAAUGGACCCGACCACUUCCCCAACGACGGCAGGGCACCGUUCUUCCAUCACUAUGACAGCCUCAAGUCUUCAAGGAUGUCUUUACCGGCCGCCCCCUCGGAAGCGAGGCGACAGGGCCACGCGCCCGCCCCCGUGCCCGAUGAGCUGUCGCUGGAGCACAUGAGCCAAGACUGCACCUUGGUCAAGAACCAGCUGCUCAGGCUGAAAAACCUACUGCAGCUCGAGGAUCCGGACUCGCCAGCAGAUGUUUCGGGCGAGAUUGGAGGCAAUACCAAUACUGUAUCCCAGUUUGAGGAGCUGCUGAAGGAGGUGCACAUGCUCCGAGAAGAACUUCGGAGUCGAGACAAGACCAUUGUUCAGCUCACUCUGCAGUGUCAGCAGCUGCAGCAGCAUCAGCGGGAACAAGUGCUGGCCCGAGAACGUCAGGUGCGGUGCCGGUGUCAGCAGCAGAGGGCGCCCUCGCUACUUCGACAGCCGGCGGACAAGCUACCGCAACGCCCCUGUGACAAGGCCACCCAGACCCACUGGAGACCCCCCAGUCACGCUGUGAGUCCAUAUAUCCACACCCAGCUUCAAAUACCUUUCAACCUCACCGAGCGUUUCCGCCCGGGAAAACCGGUAAAAACUCUCCCCACCGAGGACCACAGUGACCCGACGAGGGACGCGGGGGCCUAUUUUGACGCUCCUCUUGAUGGCCCUGCGUCAGACGCGUCAGCGCCGGCGGACCCGCCGCAGCUGAGUCACCGCCGCGGCAUUCAGUGUCCAAGCUCAGGGCUCCGGCGUGAGCGGCGGGCCCCCGCGGCCGCAUCGCGUGACCCGGUUGCUGCCGCGUCCGUUCACGGCGAGGGCACGUCACAUCCCGCUGUCCGGCCGCUCAGACAGUCGUCGUCCUUAAAGCCGUUGGCCAGCAGGAGCAGGCAGCUGCCCCCUCCGUCCAGAGGCCUCCCUUGCUUUCACGUCGGCCCCCGGCAGCAACUCCCCGGCCCUUGUCGCGCCUCGCCACUUCUGCCUUGCGGGAUCUCGGAACCCCCCGGCGAUCUUCACGGUGACGCUAACCCGCAGAACGCCAACCGGGGAUCGCUCCAGGAGACGGCCAAGAUGAUCGGCCCUUCAGGGCGCUUGUGCCUCCCCAAGCCAAAGGUUCCUUGAGGAAAGCGUCAUGCCGCACGUCGAACCAAAAUAGGAGAAGAGGCUGCCCCACCGAAUAUGUAGAAUAUGUAGCAAGACAACUCAACUCCACAGCCUGUAAGUCUGUAUACAUGUCACUUUUACAAACGGUGAGCACAGGGGUGGGCAAAGUAGGACUCUGUUCUUUGAUGGAUCAUCAACGUAUUUAUUCCGUUUUUUAAAAAAAAUAAUAAUUGCUCAUUAAAAAAUAGGUUGUAAGUAUUAAAACAUUCGGA